UAAAUUCACAAAGUAAAACAUCAAAUAAUGUGUUUUCAAUAUAGUAGAGGGUGAAUAGAAUUUUCAAAUUACUUUCAAAUUUAUUUAUUUUUUACAUUUUCCAUAUUGUCCCAACUUUUUCAGAAUUGGGGUUGUAUGCUCGUAUAUUAAAAACAAUGGGGUAAUUAUUAUAGCUAUAUAGGAUUCUGUCAAGCUUCAAACCUUUUUUUUAUUUUUUAACUUAUAUUUACUUGUUUGGUAAAAACGGACAUUUGCAGCCCUUCUGUCCUCAUUUAAGACACCGUAAACAUUUCUAAACAGACACGUGUUCCGUCCCUGCUACUUCCUAACAGCCCAGAGGUCAGUGUAUUACUGUCAGAACACUUGAGACAUUUAAAUAGACUCGCCACUUCAAAAUAUUUCAAAAUAAAGCCUUACUAGUUAUUCUUUACACGUCUGUGAUAUUGUUUUAAUUUAGUAUCGGUUAUCCUUUUGCUAACCUGUUCAUGAGCGCUAAUACAAUACUCCAGUAGGUGUCGCUGUGAGCGUCUAGGUCGCGUUCCGCCACACAUUCACAGAAAUAGAAGAAGACGUGCGGCAGUUUUGCUGAUUGAUGAUCUGAGCUCUCCGACUUUACUAAUCAUUUUACAUUCAGAUAUUUCUGACAGGGUUUUACCUCCACAGUUCCAUCUGAUCCGUUGUGGGUGUAUUUGAGGAGGUUAACUGUGUUCUGCUGUAAAGAUCAAGGUCUGAGUGGUGUCUUCUCCUGCUGUCCACUUUCCUACAAACCAAGUUUAUGUUUGCAAGAACAUCAAGAGAUCCAACCCCGAUGAAGUCCGAGAUUGAAUGCGAGUAUCUGGAACCCACCAGAAGCUCCAGUAGUCCUCAAAGGUCAUGUGCUGCUUUAACUGGUGACACCGCUCAUAGACGGGUGCAGAACGAAUGUCACCACUGCUCAGUGUGUGGAAAAACUUUCACUAAAAGGAGUAAUCUGAAACAGCACCAGCUUGUUCACACAGGAGAGAAGCCGUAUCAGUGCUCACAGUGUGAGAAGAGUUUCACUAAAAGGAGUAAUCUCAAGCAGCACCAGCUUGUUCACACAGGAGAGAAGCCGUAUCAGUGCUCACAGUGUAGUACGAGUUUCACUCAAAAGGUUCAUCUCGUACGACACCAGCACAUUCACACAGGAGAAAAACCGUAUCGGUGUUCUCAGUGCGAGAAGAGUUUUAUUGACGGCAGCAGUCUCAUAAAACACCAACGAAUUCACACAGGAGAGAAGGUCUGUCGCUGCGCACUAUGCGGUUAUAGCUUUAAUUGCCUCAGCAAUCUUAAGCGACACCAGCGCAUUCACAAAGGAGAGAAGCCGUAUCAGUGUCCGCAGUGCGGAAAGAGUUUUAUCGAUAAAGGUAAUCUGAUAAAACACCAGAAAAUUCACACGGGAGAGAAGCCACAUCGCUGCUCACACUGUGGGAAGAGUUUUACACAAAGAUUUAACCUCCUCCAACACCUGCACAUUCACAGAGGAGAUAAACCAUAUUACUGCUCAGUGUGUGGGAAGAGUUUCAAUCGAGAGUACACUCUUCAGUUACACCAACAGAUUCAUACAGGGGUUAAACCCUAUUAUUGUUCAGAGUGUGGGAGGAAUUUCAGUAGUCUGAGUAAUCUCAAACAGCACCAGCGUAUUCACACAGGAGAGAGGCCGUAUCAGUGCUCAGAGUGUGAGAAGAGUUUUAGUUCUAGCGAUACUCUCAAAAACCAUCAGAGAAUUCAUACAGGAGAGAAGCCGUAUCACUGCUCGCUGUGUGGGAAGAGUUUCACACAAAUAGGUCAUCUCCAGCAACACCAGCGUGUUCACACAGGAGAGAAGCCGCAUCGCUGCUCGGAGUGUGGCGAGAGUGUGGCGAGAGAACACAAGCACAUUCACACGGCUGAGGACAUGCUGCAGUUCUCAUGAAAAAAGUGUAGGAACUUGUUUUAUUCUAAAAUCCUCAACCACUUUGUACUGUCUGAAUGUACAGUACGGAAAAUAUCAAUGUACUAUUCCAAAGCACUUCAAGUUCAAUCUUUAAAGAACCAGAUAGUUUUUAUUAUUUUAUUCUUCAUGCAUGCUCAAGUUGGAUAUAUUGAUAAUGUAAAUCAUCCUCUAGAUUUUAUACAUUUCUUACAUUUUUGAAAUUCUAAGACUGCAUGGUUGACUAGUUGGUGAAUAAUUGUUAAUCAUAAUUUGGAUAAUCAUAAACUAAAACUGGGUGUAUGUUAUUGAAUUAUUAUUAUUAUUAUUAUUAUUAUUAUUAUUAUUAUUAUUAUUAUUAUUGUUAAAUGAAAUUGAAGAUAUGACCAGAUAUGUAAAACCAUGAAUAAAAAAGUUCCUCUACCA